AGCUCAGCAUACACAACAUCAUCAUCAUCAUCUUCUCGCUAGUCGAGCGAGCCCUUGUAGUUAAUUAAGCUAGUCGAUCGAUCCAAGAGAAGAAGAAGCAGCAGACAGGAAUGGCGUCGCUCUCGAUGACGACGAGCGCAGCGGCCCGCGCGCAGUGGACGCCUAGGCAGAACAAGCUGUUCGAGCAGGCGCUGGCGGUGUACGACAAGGACACGCCCGACCGCUGGCACAACAUCGCCUGCGCCGUCGGCGGCGGGAAGUCCGCGGACGACGUCAGGCGCUACUACGAGCUGCUGGAGGAGGACGUCGGCCACAUCGAGUCCGGCAAGGUGCCCUUCCCCGCCUACCGCUACCCCGCCGGCUACGGGGCCGCCGACAGGCUGAAACAGCUGAAGAUCUAGGAGGUCAAUUGAACAUAUAGGACGAACGAUCGAUGAUCCAGAAGAUGCAAACAUGUGUGUAUAUAGGAUUAAUGGGACAGUAUCAGUAUGCAUGCAAUGGUCCAUGCUGCAAGUGCAUGCAAGUGGUGUGUGAAAGCAAGAAUCAGAUUAGAUGCAUGCAUAUGCAUGUGUUAAUUUAGUAGUAAUAAUUGUAGUAUGGGAUGAGUCCUAUGCUAGCCAGUCACGCGCGAUCGACCGACCGACCCAUCGAUCUCCAAUGCUUCUGUUCCCUCUCCCUCCUACUUGUCCACUUGUGUGUAUAUAUAAAUAUUAUGUAUUUUUAUUAUUAUAUAUACUCUGCCUGUUCUAAA